AUGAGACAAAGGAGGUGGUUAGAACUAGUGAAAGACUAUGAUUGUGACAUCUUGUAUCAUCCUGGAAAGGCAAAUGUUGUGGCAGAUGCCUUGAGUCGGAAAGGACCUGAUCAGACUUUUAAUAUGGUAAUGAUUUCUCCUCAAUUAGCCUCAGAUAUGUUUAGGGCAAAUAUUGAGUUUGUGAUUGGGAAAUUGCAUAAUCUGACACUUCAGUCAGACUUGUUGGAAAAAAUCAAAGUGGCCCAACUAGAAGAUCCUGAAUUACUUAAGAUUUGGGAAGAUGUCUUAGCAGUGGAUCAUUAUGUUGACUUGUAUGUGAAAGAGAUUGUUCGUCUUCAUGGGGUACCUAAGUCUAUUGUUUCAGACAGAGACCCUAAAUUUACCUCAAUGUUUUGGGUGAGUUUGCAGAAGGCCAUGGGAACUAGUCUAAAAUUCAGUACGACCUUUCAUCCUCAAACACAUGGGCAAUCUGAGCGAACUAUUCAGAUACUUGAAGACCUGUUACGAGCUUGUGUCAUGGAUUUUGGAGGGUCGUGGAGCAAGUAUUUGCCUCUGAUUGAGUUCUCCUACAAUAAUAGCUAUCAAAGUACUAUAGGAAUGGCUCCUUAUGGGAUGCUUUAUGGUAGAAAGUGUCGUUCCCCAAUUCAUUGGGACGAAAUAGGAGAACGAAAAAUAUCUAGGCCCUGA